CAUAUGAAAGAAGUAUUAUUAGAUAUGCAUGAAAAUAAUUAUACAAUUGAGAAAUGUUCAUCUUCGAAACCAACAAAAAGAAAAUUUCAAAAAGUGCAAAAGAUUAGGUGAUAACUUAAACUGCAACAUUCCAUUUGGUCUUUAUAAAAUCACCCCUUUUGACACAAUUUCAUCAUCACAUAUAUCCAACACCAUAUAUUCUAAUUGAUGCAUAACUAACUGUAAGCUAUCAUUUCUAGAAUUCUAUAAAACUGUUAUAUAGGAAUUUAAGGCACUUUGUUGACUACUUAAAUUCAUCAUUUUAGGCCUUAUAAUCAUCAUUAUCAUCUUAUUUCUUCAAGUAACAACUGUUCAAAACAAAACAAAACAAAACAGAAACUUAUAGCUCAGUGAGCAACAUGAUCAACUCUUGUUUGCUGCUAUGGUUGUUGGCAACAAGCACCAUGUUUGCAUCAGCCGUUUCUCGAUCUUCGAGUCGCGGCCUAAGCCCGAAAAUAAUGGCAGAACAGAGGGCAGACCAUGUAGUGAGACUUCCAGGGCAGCCAAAGGUGAGUUUUAAGCAGUAUGCAGGCUAUGUGACAGUCAAUGCAAGCAGUGGGAAGGCACUCUUUUAUUGGUUUUUUGAAGCUGCUGAGAAGCCUGAGAAAAAACCUGUGCUCCUUUGGCUUAAUGGAGGUCCCGGAUGCUCUUCUAUUGGGUAUGGAGAAGCGGAAGAGUUAGGCCCUUUCUUUCCUCAAAAGGGUACUAAACCAAAAUUAAAGCUUAAUAAAUACUCUUGGAAUAGAGCUGCCAAUCUUCUAUUUUUGGAAUCUCCUGUUGGUGUUGGAUUUUCUUACACUAAUACUAGUAGUGAUAUUAAUGAACUCGGUGACACCAUAGUAGCAAAGGAUGCAUAUAAUUUUCUUCUCAAUUGGUUCAGAAGAUUUCCGCAAUUUAAGUCCCAUAACUUCUUUCUUUCUGGAGAGAGUUAUGCAGGUCAUUAUGUUCCACAACUUGCUAAGGUCAUAUUGGACAACAACAAGAUGGUUUCGAAGGAAGAUCGGAUCAACUUGAAAGGUUUCAUGAUCGGAAAUGCACUACUAGAUGACAACACAGAUCAAAGAGGGAUGGUUCAAUAUGCAUGGGACCAUGCUGUAAUAUCAGAUCGAGUUUACAGUGAUCUCAAGAAAAAUUGUGAUUUUAGUAAGAAAAACUUGACAACAAAGUGCAACAAGGCCCUAACUCAGUACUUUGCUGAGUACAGACUCAUAGAUAUAUACAGCUUGUACUCUCCAAUAUGUGUCGAGAAUCAGACUGAGAGUCGCAGGAAUACUCAGCCUCCUGUCAUUGAUGGCAUUUCUCCUCGGUUGUUUUCCAGAUUUGAAGGGUGGCUCAAAAGACCGGCUGCAGGUGCAGGGUAUGAUCCGUGUGCAUCAGACUACACCGAUGCUUAUAUGAAUAGACAAGAUGUCCAAUCUGCCUUACAUGCCAAUGUUACCAAACUUUCAUAUCCAUGGACUCACUGCAAUAACAACAUCACUUCUUGGAGUGAUUCACCAUCAUCAAUACUUCCUACUAUAAAAGAGCUCAUAGCUGAGGGCCUACGCAUAUGGAUAUACAGCGGAGAUACUGAUGGUAGAAUUCCAGUAACAUCAACAAGGUACACUCUUAGAAAGCUCGGGCUUAAAACUCUUCAAGAAUGGACAGCAUGGUAUACCAGUUCCCAGGUUGGAGGAUGGACUAUCGAGUACAAAGGAUUAAUAUUUGUCACAGUAAGAGGUGCAGGACAUCAAAUUCCGACUACUAAACCAAGACAAGCUUUACAGUUAGUUAAGCACUUUUUAGACGACAAGAAGCUGCCAAAUGCUCCACCUUCGUGAUGCUGCUAAAUAUUGUUUAUUGCCAACAUUUUUGUCAUAGGCUUUAUUGAUGGUGUAUUUUGU